AUGGUGGAUUUUGAUACAGAACUCUGUUGGAAAGAAUCAAUGGUCUAUGGAAGUAAAGUUGCAACUUGUCCACAUAAAGUGAAUUAUUCUUGUUAUGAAUUUGCAACUUAUUCUAUACUUUAUGAUUUGCAAUUUUGGUCAUUCUAUGAUGAUAUGGCAAAUAUUGAUAAAAGAAAUACUGGCUUUGUAUCGAGUUUUGCACGUAAUGCUGGAAAAUCAUUUUUUCUCAAAUUACAAUUUGAAGUGAAUCUUGAACCUGAAAUGCUUGAAUUAUUAGGCCAAAGAGAUGGAGGUGUGGGGAUCCUUGGCCGGAGAGUGGUGGUUGGAGGGUGGGUUAAGUCCUCCCAGGAGGUUUUAGGAGGUGGGGAGCAACGAAUUCGUGAUAAGUUGGAUAAAGUUAUACCUAAGCCACCGCAGCCUUCAAUGGCAAUUUUGCAAAUCAGUGAUGGUUCUUGUGUUGCUGGUCUUCAGGUCGUGGUGGACUCGUCCCUAGCUCCUCCUGCUAGAAUUAUGCCUACCGGAACUUGUAUAUUAGCAGAAGGAAAGAUAAAGAACCAAAGUACUCUGGAGAAUGCUGGAGGUGCCAAACUUGAAGUUAACAAGGCCUUGGUCAGGGAUCCCAAGAGAACAACUGAGCUCAUAUCACAGUUGGAAGCGAAAGAAAAGACGAGAUCUGGAAAACCUAUCAGGACUGAUGAUAAAGAUAAGUUUUCUGAAGAUUUCUUUUCAUACCAGACAUUUCUGACAGUUUCUGGUCUCCUUCAUUUGGAGAGUUAUGCGUGCGCUUUGGGAAAUGUCAGAACUUUGAUUAGAGGAAACCAAAAUGAGGAAAGCUUCAUAAGUGUUGAGUACAAGGGGUUGGGAAAAGAGCAAUACGAAUGGUUUCUAGAUCUUCGAAGGCAUGGAACCGCGAAAUGUUCGGGUUUCACAUUUUUAUUUGAUGCUUUGGUUCUUUAUGCAACUGGACUCAAUGAUGCAAGAGAUGCUGUUCCAUUCCUUGAAGUUUUGGCAAAGCCAAUAACUGAGAUAUUGCCAAGAAAAACAUUAGAGCAAGUUUCAUCAAAAUUGCCGAGCCUGAAAGGAUGA